AUGGGAGUGAAGUCUGAUUUAGGAUCAGAGUAUGGGGAAAAAAGAACACGCUUGCCUCCAAGUACUUGGAAUUUAUCUAAGGCGGAGAAGAGAAUUGUAUGUAAAUAUUUUUAUGGCAUGAAAACCCCAGAAAGUUAUGCUUCAAAUGUUAAAAGUCUUGUGUCGAUGCAAGAUCUUAAACUUUAUGGCCUUAAGUCACAUGAUUGUCAUACCCUAAUGCAACAAUUACUCCUUAUUGCCAUACGAUCGGUGUUGGAAAAACCUGUGAGAUAUGCAAUUAUUAGAUUGUGUUUAUUCUUUAAUGAUACAUGCAACAAAGUCAUCGAUGUUUCAAGACUGGAUAAAAUACAUGAUGAUGUUGUGGUAACGUUGUGUUUGCUUGAAAAGUAUUUUCCACCAUCAUUUUUUGAUGUCAUGAUUCAUCUAGUCGUCCACCUUGUUAGAGAAAUUCAGGUAUGUGGGCCAGCUUUAUUUAGGUGGAUGUAUCCAUUUGAAAGAUUCAUGAAAGUGUUAAAAGGGUAUGUACGUAAUCGGAAUCGUCCAGAGGGUUGCAUAGCUCAAUGUUAUAUUGGUGAAGAAGCUUCAGAAUUUUGCUCAGAUUUUUUAUCAAAUGUUAGCACAAUAGGAAUCAUGUCGAGAAAAAAUAUGGGACGUACACAACCUUUAUCUGGUGCUGAUGUGCAAUUUGUUGAUCGUGAUUUAUUAGACCAAGCACAUCUUUGUGUGUUAGAAAACAGAAAUGAAGUUCAACCUUACAUCAGUGAACAUAUGGAACAUUUGAGGAAUACUCAUCCGAAAUACAAAAAGAGAACAAAAUGGCUACAAGAUAAGCACAAUCGUACAUUCAUUGGAUGGUUGUGCAAUCGGGUUGGAUAUGAAAUAAAUCAUGGGUCCAAUGAGGUAAUGGAGAGCUUGAGGUGGCUAGUGGAUGGACCGUGUAUGCAAGUACCAAAGUACCAAAGCUAUAUCGUUAAUGGGGUUCACUUUGACACUAAGUCACGUGAUGAAAUGAGAGUUGUCCAAAAUAGUGGAGUGCACCUAGUGGCAAAAACGACACAGGUGUCCAGUGCAAAAGACAAAAAUCAUAUUGUGUUAGACAUGAGUUUCUAUGGGGUCAUUAAGGAAAUAUGGGAGCUCGACUAUCAUAAAUUUAAAAUACCUAUAUUCAAGUGUGAUUGGGUUGAAAACAAUAAUGGCAUCAAAAUAGAAGAACUUGGAUUUAUUCUAGCCAAUCUUGGUAGGGUAGGUUAUAAAAAUGACCAAUUUGUUUUGGCUGGUCUAGUCAAACAAAUCUUUUAUAUAGAAUCUAAAGGGUCAGUUGUGCUAUCUACCCCAAAUAGGGAUUCUAAUGAUUAUGACAGUGAUAAUGUUCUAGGGGAUAUUGUAAUUGACCACGAACCCUUUACAAGAGGCUGA